AUAAAUAAUAAAACAGAAAAAGCUGUGAAAAUUGUGCAAAUCAUUCUUAAUUAAUAGCUUAAAAGCGAUGAAAUUCCGUGCCAAAAUGCUGGAUGUGCUCUAUAUGCGCGAAUUCCAGGCGAUAGUUGCCACAUUGGCCAAGCUGGCUAAGGAUUGCGUGAUGAUAUUGGGACAGGAACGGAUGCAUUUCAUUGUUAACGAGGAGCACUGCUCGACAUCGUCGCCGCUCGUCUGGGUGACCAUUGCGGCUAAAGAUUACUUUCCCGAAUAUAAAAUGACACCAGCAGCAGCACAUCCCGGCGACGAUGAGGACUUCAUUGUGCUCGUUAUGUCCGCCACGCAUCUGAGUCGAGCGCUCGCCGUGCUCCGCUCGGGCACCACCAGCACUGUGCACAGUUGCAAGUUGAAAUUGAAGCAAAUCCAAUUUCCCUGCAUCUCGGUGAUUGCAUCGGUUGUGUCGCCCAGUUCAGCUGAGCCGCGCGAAAUGGUGCACGACGUGCCCGCCACCAUAAUCCCCGCCAGCGAGUGGCCCGCAUUUAUGUUGCCCAAGAUGCCGUCACCUCAGAUUGUGCUCGGCGUGCCCUCGCUGCGUCUCAUGCGAAGUCUAGUUGACAAGCUGAAGAACAUUUCGCCAAGUCUGAUAUUCCAUGGCAGCACCAAUGGUGAACUGAAUCUGGUCUCCGAAUCGGAGAUGGCAACGAUUACGUCGCGUUUCACUCGACUCUUGCUGCACAAGGGUGAGGGGAACUCUAGCCACCAGUCGACGGAAGUCUCCUGUUCUGUGGAUUCGCGCAAAAUGUCGGCGUUUUUCAAUGCACUCCAAUUGCCCAAUGAGGAGAUAUCGAUAGGUAUCGAUAACGAGAAUUGCAUUUGCCUGCAACUGGAUAUUCGCAGCAAUGUCGUGUUGCACUCCAUUCUACCAGCUCUUUGUGUUUAAAUUAAGUCAAAAUAAAUGUUACCGAUAUGUCGCCGAAUGUGCAUAUCAGAUGGGCAGCCAGUAUUGAUAAA